AUGGAGUGCCGGGUCCAGGACGGGAAGACAUUUGUCAACAUCCAGGACCCCUACGUGACGCCUGGGGCUCACAGCAACACCGUCCUCAGCUUCUCCGUCCUGGCCGCCUUGCGCCUCGCCGGAUUCUUCUUCCUCCUCUUCGCGGUGUCCAAACGGAAGCGGAAGCAGCCCUCGGAUGUGUGCUACUUGCUCUGGCUUUUCUUGGCCGCUACGGGCUAUUGCCUCACAGCCGUGAUGGCUUCGGUGGCAGUUGCCGGCGAGAGCGCAGCCACAAGUCUCGCGAAGGUUCUUGUCGUUCUUUCCUGGGGCCCGCUGAUGCUGAGUGUAUCUAGCGCGCUGGAGCGCGUCUGGCCGAACAAGUGCCUAGCACGAACUGCUGGGGUUGUGUACCUGCUCGCCGUCCUCAGCGGCAUGCUUGUGGUCUUGAUGUUCCCGCAAGACAACAACCAAGUCAUGCUCCUGGUGUUCUCCGGACUGGCCUUUUUGCUGCCCAUCUCCUGGUGCAUCGUGCACAAGCAUACGCAGGAUACGCCUUUGGGGGAAAACCUCAUUCGGGCCCUUCUCGCUGUGGGCUGCGGGGCCGGCAGCGCCAUUGUGGGCUCCUCCGAACCCGGCUGCGGAUUCACGGGGCAUGUGGAUUGCUACGAGCGCUGCUGGAUGGGCCCUGCAGGGCAGUCUCUCUUGAUCCUCGCGGGCCUCGACCUCAUCGCAGUCAUGGGGCUGACUCUCUUCCAAGUUUGCAAGCCAGAGGCGUGGGGGUUCUCUUGCCUGCGCAAGCCGCCCGUGGACCCGGCGACCCCUCCGGAGCCGGGAGUCGCAUAA